AGUGAUCGCUCUCUCUUCUCUUGUUGGCCUAACGAUGACUGCCCGCCUGAAGAAGAACCGUAAGAAGCGCGGCCACGUCUCGGCCGGUCACGGUCGUGUUGGCAAGCACCGCAAGCACCCUAGCGGUCGUGGUAACGCCGGUGGCCAGCACCACCACCGAAUCCUUUUCGACAAGUUCCAUCCCGGUUAUUUCGGCAAGGUCGGUAUGCGCUACUUCCACCACACCACCAACAAGGAGCACAGCCCUCUUGUCAACCUUGACAAGCUCUGGAGCCUUGUCAGCGAGCAGACUCGUGACAAGUACCUCACUGGCAAGACUGACGGCCCCGCGCCCGUCAUCGACGCUGUCCGUGCUGGUUACUACAAGGUCACUGGCAAGGGUCUCCUCCCCAAGCGUCCCGUUAUUGUCCGUGCCAAGUUCUUCUCGCGUCGCGCUGAGGAGAAGAUCAAGGAGGUCGGUGGUGCCUGCGUCGUUGUUGCUUAAAACAACAACACCUCUCUGCUCCUGGUCGUCGUUUUGAUUGUUUAUCGUUGUUCUAUCUCGACGCCGAAAAAAGCCAUGAUGGACCUCUGUCUUGUCUCUCGACGCUGUUGUUCAAUUGUUAAACAAUGAAGAUGGUUGCUUCUUUUUUUAAAAAAAAAAAAAAUGUCGAUUCGUUUC